AUGGUGAAGCACACCCUCCAUGCUGUGUGGAAGAAUUUUAGAUUUGGUUUUCAGCAAAAAUUAGAUGAUCUUGUUGAAAUUCACCCGGAGCAAAUCUUGACCAGGUCGGCAACAGCAAAAAAAUACGAUAAAGACAAAAAGCACCAGAGAUUACAAAGGUAUCGCCAAAUCAUAAGGUGCAAUCACGCCCCUGUGGUUAUUUGGAACCACAAGGAGCAGCUUAGAGUAAGGCAGGACCUAAUUUACGAAGGGACUUUGCAUCGUAUCACACAAGCCAACAGCGGCGAUGAGCAGAAAAGGACUAUGAAAAUUUUCCAGUUGCUGCUGUGUUCUCACAGGGCUCUCAAGCUGCACGAGAUACAGGCUGCGAUAUUCAUGAACAUAGACACGCCCAGUCUCGAGCACGAAUGCAAGCUAUGUUCAGAUGGGCAUGAGAUCUGUGACUCUUGGUGGUUCCAAAAGACAGAAUUGAGAUUGCAUUUCACUGCCGCGCUCCAUCUCAUCAACUCCACUGACAUGCCCAGCCUGUCGGCAGAGUACGCAAUGUCUCUCCUAUGCUUGCAGUACUUGACAUCUUCGACCCAGGAUACCAGACAGACAGACCUGCAAGAGGUAAAGGGACAGACAGCCUUUCGGGAUAAUACCGGUACUCACUGGACGGACCAUGUCCUCGGCAUAGUGGAGGUGGCAGACAGCACAGCUGAACCACUUACCGCCGGGCCGUUUCUUUUACAUUUUACAUGCUCAAACACCGAGAGGAGCCUGAAAGAGUAUUAA